UCCCUCUCCUAUCUCAAUUAACGUUAAUUGCUAAUGAACAGGAGGUACUCAAACAACAACAACAAUGAGAUAGCAAUAUAGUUCCCUUGUUUUACUAGAAUAUUGUGUAGCCUAACAUAUACACAUACAUACAUACUAUAUUUACAUACGUUUACAUACACACACACACACACGUACGUAUGUAAUAUACAUAUAUAUACGCGCACAUGUUCAUGUAAAUUUAUAUAUACAUGCAGGAAUAUACAUAGAUUUCUAUGUAUAUAUUAAAUAGAUAUAUGUAUAUAUAUGCACUCCCUUGAAUAUAUAAACGUAUACAUGUAACAUGUAUAUAUAAAUCUAUAAUGGUAUGUGUAUAUACACAUACAUACACACCCAUGAAUAUAUAAAUGUAUACAUGUAAAAUUUAUGUGUAAAUCUAUAAUAUAUAUAUGAUCUAUAAUCAUAUAUAUGUAUACACGGAUCUUUAAAUUUAUAAUUAUAUAUAUAUAAUCUAUAUAUACACAGGUAUAGAUAUAUAAAUAUAUAUAUAUAUUCGUAUACGUAAAUCUAUAAUUACAUAUAUAUAAUUUAUAUAUAUAUAAAUAUACAUAUGUAUACAUAUAUAUAUAAUUUUCCCAUAAAAAUGUAAAUUUCUAUAUAUACACACAUGUAUAUAUAAAUAUAUAUAUUCACGCGCAUAUAUUAAUCGAUGGAUGUGUAUAUACGUAUCUAUAUAUGUAUGUAGAUAGCAUAUAUAUAGCUAGGCUAAGCCAGGAUUUGAUCUACGGUCCAUGUCAUCGGAAUCGGUGGUUGACGUGGUGUUUAGUACACACAAUGAGUCCAACGAUCUAUUAUGACAAGCAGUGAUGUUACAGGACGCGAACUCACGGCCCCUCAGUAUAAUAAAUAAAGAGGCAGCGUGCAUCAAAGCGAAAGUGAAAGUGAAAGUAGAAAUUGAAACAUGGGCAAAGAGAAUGAAUUAUUGGAAGCCGCCAGAACUGGGAAUAUACAACAAAUUGAGCGACUUCUCUGCUACAAGUCACGCAAAACCACCGGCCCCUUGAAUGCGUUAGCAAGCUUCAGAAAGAAUGUCAACGUGAAUUGUAUUGAUGCCAGUGGAGGUACCCCACUACAUCUGGCCUCACUGAAUGGUCACAAAGCUGCUGUCGAACUCCUCCUCAACAAUGAAGCCAACCCUAAUGCCACCGAUGUGCGAGGGUGCACCUCUCUAACAGUGAUGGGGACACUCCAUUACAUUCUGCAGCCCAAUAUGGACAUUGUGCAGCCGUGGGAGUCUUACUAG